AUGACCUUCCACCAGGAGAAGAUGCUGAACCAGUUAGCCAUCAUCUUGCUGCUCUUGCCACUGGUGCACCUGAAAGACCUCUCCUUCGGCUCAGACUAUCACCUGGAAGUCAGAGCCGUCAACUCUAAUGGUUCCUCCGUCCCUGCAACGUUCAACUUCACAAUUGCAGAACAGCCUGCGAGUAGCAAGAUGACCAAAGGCACUGUGGUUGGCAUCGUGAUAUUGAUCUUCCUGCUGGUGUUCCUGGCAGUGGAUGCCACCUGCUGCUACAGAAACCGCUGUGGUCUGCUUAUGGCCGUCGCAGGGAAACUGUCCAGGUGGAAAGACCCAAGCCUCAAAAAGGUCGAGGAAGGAGAGGGGACAACUAACGGAGAUGUAACACUGAAGGGUCUCUCCAAACCCAGAGACAGUAUUCAGCAGUCCGAGGUUCAGACGGUCAGCAAAGAAGCCGGUCAACGCUCAGAGGUCACCUGCGACAAAGCUCCACUCACCAAAAGAAAAGUUAGUGAGACUGAGGAGAGCAAGGCAGACUGUAACCUGCAGCUGUGA